AUGUGGGGAGACAGACUCGACAAGCUCAUCAACUACGGCCUCAAGACCUUUUUCCCCCAUGACGUUGCUGUCGAAAUCUCAUGUGAGCUCAACGACGGCUGUAAAACAGACAUGUUUACGUACAAGGGCUUUGUGCACCGCUGGUAUGCAAUAAUCACGCAGAUUGCGCCUUUUACAGCAGAGCGCAUCCUCCCCGUGCUCCAGAAGUCGGCACAAGCUGCGGUCGCACAGUGCACAGGCGGCGCCAACGGCCGGCAGUGCGGUCUGAAAUGGGCAGACGGCAAGUAUGACGGCAGGACGGGGGUCGGGCAAGAGAUGAGUGUGCUGGCAGCCGUGCAGAGUUUGCUGAUUGGCAAGGCGAGGCCGCCUGUGACCCAUGAUUCGGGCGGUACCAGUGCGGGUAACCCGGAUGGUGGUCAGGGCGACGGAUCGGUGAUGCCGAAUCAGAAGACUGUUACGGCGGGUGAUAGGGCUGGUGCGAGCAUUAUUACGAUUUUAUUGCUGGGGGGAGCGUGCGGCAUGUUUGGGUGGAUGAGCUACGAGGCGUCUGGGCCUUGA